UUUAGUACCUUGCAACAAUUAAUUGGUAUUUUGUCGUUUCUCGUCUGUUUUGCAAGAAAACUGAUUUCGUUUCACUAUUCAUUAAUUUUUAUUUAAAAAUCUAUUCAAUUCAUACUUCCAUCCGUCGAUUCGUUUGCUGAUUUCCUUGGGGGUAAUGACAUGAGGGUGAUAUCUGUAUUUACGUGUGGAGGGUAAAAAUGAGAAACACGAGUAACAAUUUACGCUUCGAGUGAUGAAUUAAAAGUUAAAAGCGAUGGAAACGCAAGAGGACUGUGCUAUUCGAAGGGGACAACCGGUUCGCCGUUACCAAAAUGAUUAUAAAACUGACGGACAUGCAUCGUCUUCAAUGAUAGUGAAUCAAUCGCAAUAUUUGAACGUUGGGAGAUCUACCGUAAGGAUAGCCGUGUACCUGAUGACUGGAAUCUUUUUAACAAUGGAUAUUGAACAAAAUUUCACUGCACAUCAAAUUCUGGCAAUGAUGCAGUCGGAGGGUGAACUGGGAUUAACAAGAACUUCACUGUUCACCGGACAAACGGUGUUCGCUUUAUGGCUUUGCUCAUCCAGACUGGAAGUUCAAUUACGUCCGAAUCACAAGCCAUUAGAAUUGGCCGCGAAAUGGAAUCGUUUGAUAAAGAAGUACAGUUCCCAGAGGGAAGAAUCGGACGAGGAGCCCUUGCUUUGUCUUAGGAGAAACGUAUUCCUUUCCCGCUCGGACGAGGAGCAAAUAAAGGAAGUUAAAGUACUGGAACUGUUGUAUGCAGAAGCAAGAAACAAUGUGCUGCAAGGACGGUAUCCAUGCGAGGGUCAGGCGAGAUAUGCGAGCCUGGGUGCUUUGCAAGCCCGUAUUGAGCUCGGCCCGUACAAUCCGCAAACUCAUACGUUAGCAUUUUUCAGGCGGCACCGAGGCCGAUUCCUGCCUCAUCAUUACAAUUCACCCAGCUUGCUAUUAGGCCUGGGUGUUGGAUUAGGAUUAGUGGGAGGAAAGGGAGCACCGGAGGCUCGCCUUCUCGAGCAGUACAAAAGGAUACCGAGUCACACCGGAACUAACACGAACUCGAGGAAGCUUAUCAGGAAGUAUUUGGAGUUUUGCUGGAGUCUGCCUUGCUAUGGGGCGGCGUUCUUUCAGGGACAGAUCGAGCGUCCAGUGAGAGGACUCGCGACUUGGAUCACGAAUCGCGAUAUGCAAGUGCUGAUAGCCAUCAAUUCGUCGGGUGUGUACAUCGUGGACGACGGUCAAUGCAGUUUAUUGUUGGGUCUAAGGUAUCCGGAGUUGUGCUGGGAAAUGGCGAAACCUUCGGACGAAGCUAAUCCAGACUGUCUGCCGUGUUUAUUCCUACAGUUCCCUGUACGCGAGAACGGAGCACGAGUUUAUAAAAUUCUACAAGUAUUCUCGAGACAAGCAAUAAUGAUGGACACGUUGAUUUCCGGUUUCGCCGAAGAGCACCGCCGUCACGGGGCUGACGGCGACGUCGCGAACGCCGAUCGUUUAACGGAUCACACGAUAGGUGCGAACACUGGGAGCUUUACUAAUAAACUCAGUAAAUUUACAUUGGCUACCUUCGACGACGAAGGACGGUGUAUCGGGCAGAUGGGUUCGUGGUCUUUUCAGUAAGGGCUCGUUUACCUAUUGUGAAUCACUUGCAAGAAUUGCGAGAUGCGGACUUCGGUGUAAGUGCUCUACCAACAUCUGGUAUCGCACGGGAACCAUGUCCCGGUGCCGAUUCAAUCUGGUUUCCAGAGUUUGCAAGUAAAAGUUGAUCUCGUUCAUUUUCUCUAAUAUCUGUUCUUCUUCCUCGCGAGUUAAAUCUUCGCUCUGUAAAAAGGCAUUUCUACAUUGUAUUUUGUAUCCAAAUAAACAACGGGAUUUUACAACAAAUUA